AUGGCUCCACUCCCUCCACAGUGGAACUGCUCCUAUCACUCAGAUCACGUUAGCCAAUCAGAGCAGCCAGACAGGCUGUCCAAUAAGGGGCGCUACUGGGCAGCGAGAGCCGGGUUCUUGGCCGCCGUACAGCGGUUCUGCUUUAGGCUUAGUGAGGCGCUUCGUGGGCUGCGAUCUGAGAGCCGCUGCCAGGAGCUGGGAGGAGAGCACCAGAGAACUCGGAAGCUGGUUAUGGUGAGCGAGGGGCCACUGUCCCCAGACGGGGAGGAGCGGCGGGCUGAGCGCCAGGAGCCCGAGUUGUGCUAUCUGUGUGCUGAGCUUUAUGGCCUAAAUGGUACUUCAAUCAUAGAGUCAAUUGUGGACUCAGUGACCUUUGGGGAUGUGGCUGUGAACUUCACCCAGGAAGAGUGGACUUUGCUGGAUCCUCUUCAGAAGAACCUAUACAUUAAUGUGAUGCUGGAAACCUGCAGUAACCUUGCUUCUGUGGGAAUCAAAUCAGAAUACCAGACCAUUGAAGAGCAGUAUAAACAUCCUAGGAGAAAUCUAAGGAGCAUCAUAUCUCACCCUGGAUAUACACAUAAGCUUGAGGAAUAUGGAAAGAAGCAGCAUAACUCCAAUUCUCUCACAACUAUUCACAUAUACAUGGGAGCCCACGCUGUGAGUGGAACUUAUGAAUAUGAAGUAUAUUCAAAAUCCUUUGGUUUUCCAAGUUCAUGUGGAAUAUAUCAGCAAAUUCACAGUGGAGAACAGCCUCAUGAGUACAAUCAAUAUGAAACAGCCUUUAUUUGUCCCAAUUCAUUUUGCAUUCAUGGAGGAACUCACAUCAAAGACAAACCUUCUGAAUAUAAACCAUGUGAUACCACUCUAAGUUCUUUCAAUUACCUGCCAUUUCACAGUGGAACUCCUAAUGGAGAAGACCAUUCUGAUUGUACACAGUGUGGUAAAGCUUUCAGAUGUCAAAAUUCCCUUCAAAGACAUGAAAUAAUUCAUGCUGGGGAAAAACCAUAUGAAUGUAAGCAGUGUGGUAAAGCAUUCCAAGGUCACAAUUCCCUUCAAAGACAUGAAAUAAUUCAUGCUGCAGAAAAACCAUAUGAAUGUAAACAAUGUGGUAAGUCAUUCAUUUAUCCUUAUUUACUUAAAAUGCAUGAAAGGUAUCAUACUGGAGAGAAACCUUAUAAAUGUAAGAUGUGUAGUAAAGCAUUUAUUUGUUCCUCUUUCCUGAAAAGACACAAAAGAACUCAUACAGGAGAAAAACCCUAUAAAUGUAAGCAAUGUGCUAAGCCCUUUAGAGGUCUCAGUAAUCUUAGAGUACAUGAAAGAACUCAUACUGGAGAAAAACCCUAUGAAUGUAAACAAUGUGGUAAAGCUCUGAGAAGCCAUAGUUCCCUUCAAAGACAUAAAAUAGCUCAUGGUGGGGAGAAACCCUAUGAAUGUAAACAGUGUGGUAAGUCCUUCAUUUAUCCCUAUUUACUUCAAACCCAUGAAAGAUCUCAUACUGGAGAGAAACCCUACAUAUGUAACAUAUGCAGUAAAACCUUUCGUUGUUCUUCUUUCCUGCAAAGACAUGAAAGAACUCAUACAGGGGAAAAACCCUUCAAGUGUAAGCAAUGUGGUAAAGCUUUCAGAGGUCAUAGUUCCCUUCGAUUACAUGCAAGGUCUCACAGUGGGGAGAAACCAUAUAAAUGUAAUAUUUGUAGUAAAGCCUUUCUAUGCCCCUCUUUUCUCCGAAGACAUGAAAGAACUCACACAAGGGAAAAGCCCUAUGAAUGCAAGCAGUGCAGCAAAACCUUCAAAGGUCAGAGUUCUCUUCAGUUACAUGAACGAUCCCAUACUGGAGAGAAACCCUAUAAAUGUAAGAUCUGUAGUAAAGCCUUUCUAUGUUCCUCUUUCCUUCAAAGACAUGAAAGGACUCACUGUGAAGCAAAACCCUAUGCAUGUAAACAGUGUGGUAAAGACUUUAAAGAUCAAAAUUCCUUUCAAAGGCACAAAGUUUCUCAUGUUGGGGAAAAACCUUAUGAAUGUAAACAGUGUGGUAAGUCCUUCAUAUAUCCAUGUUUACUUCAAGUUCAUGUAAGAGCACACACUGGUGAGAAACCCUAUGAAUGUAAACAAUGUGACAAAGCAUUCAGAAGCCUGAGUUACCUUCGUAUACAUGAAGGAAGUCACACUGAAGAAAAGCCCUAUGAAUGUAAACAGUGCGGUAAAACUCUCAGUUGUUCUAGUGCCCUACAGUUACAUAAAAGAACACACACUGGAGAAAAACCCUAUGUGUGUAAACAGUGUGGGAAAGCCUUCAGGGGUUUCAGUUACCUUCGAGUACAUGAAAGGACUCACACUGAAGAAAAACCCUAUGAAUGUAAACAGUGUGGGAAAAUUCUCAGUUGCUCAAGUUCCCUUCAACUACAUGAAAGAACCCAUACUGGAGAAAAACCUUAUGAAUGUAAGCAGUGCGAUAAAGCCUUCAGAGGUCUCAGUCGUCUUCGAGUACACGAAAUAAUUCACACUGGUGAAAAACCCCAUGAAUGUAAACUAUGUGGUAAAGCCUUCAGAUAUCAUAGUUUACUUCGAGUACAUGAAAGAACCCACACUGGUGAAAAACCUUAUGCUUGUAAACAAUGUAGUAAAGCCUUCAAAAGUCUCAGUAAUCUUCGAAUACAUGAAAAAACUCACAGUGGUUUCUAUGAAUGUAAACAAUGUGGCAAAACUCUCAGUUCUUCCAAUUCCCUUCAAGUACACGAAAGAGCACAUACUGGAGAAAAAUCUUAUGAAUGUAAACAAUGUGGCAAAACCUUUAGACGUUUCAGUAAUCUUCAGGCACAUGAAAAAACUCAUGCUGAAGGAAAACCCUAUGAAUGUAAACAAUGUGGUAAGUCCUUCAUUUAUCAGUAUUUACUUGAAAAACAUGAGAAGUCUCAUACUGCAGAAAAACCCUAUAAGUGUAUGAUAUGCAGUAAAGCCUUUAUUUGCCCUUCUUUACUUCAAAGACAUGAAAGAAUACAUAGUGGAGAAAAACCCUAUGAAUGUGUACAAUGUGGUAAAGCAUUCAAAAGCCUCAGUUCCCUUCAAUUACAUGAAAGAGCUCAUGCUAGAGAAAAGCAUUAUGACUGUACACAGUGUGGUAAAACCUUCAGAUGUCACAGUCUCCUUCAGGCACAUGAAAGAACCCAUACUGGUGAAAAACCCUAUGAAUGUGAAGAAUGUGGUAAAACCUUCAAAAGUGCUGGUUACCUUCGAAUACAUGAAAAAACUCAUAGUGGUUUCUAUGACUGUAAACAGUGUGGUAAAAUUCUCAGUUGUUCAAGUUCUCUUCAAUUACAUGAAAGAACUCACACUGGAGAAAAACCCUAUGAAUGUAAACAGUGUGGUAAGGCCUUCAGAAGUCAAAGUUCCCUUCGAAGACAUGAAAGAAUUCAUGCUGGAGAGAAACCCUAUGAAUGUAAACAGUGUGGUAAGUCCUUCAUUUAUCCAUGCUACCUUCAAAUGCAUGAGCGGUCUCAUACUGGAGAGAAACUCUAUAAAUGUAAUAUAUGUAGUAAAGCUUUUCUUUAUCCCUGUUUCCUUCAAAUGCAUGAAAGAACUCACACUGGUGAAAAACCUUACAAAUGUAAGCAGUGUGAUAAAGCCUUCCGAAGUCAUAGUUCCCUUCAAAUGCAUGAAAAAAUUCAUACAGGAGAAAAACCCUAUGAAUGUAAACAGUGUGGUAAAGCUUUGAUAAGUCAUAGUUCUCUUCAGAGGCAUAAAAUUGCUCAUGCUGGAGGAAAACGCUAUGAAUGUAAACAAUGUAGUAAGUCAUUCAUUUAUCCCUAUUUACUUCAAAUUCAUGGAAGAUCUCACACUGGAGAGAAACCCUAUGAAUGCAAAGACUGUGGUAAAGCCUUUACACGUUACCGCUCCCUUCGAAGACAUGGAAAAAUACAUACGUAAGGAAAAAACCCUAUCUAUGCAAACAAACAUGCAAGAAUGUUUAGAAUUUCUAGUUCUCUUCAAAUAUGUGGAAGUACUGGGAAAAGAGCUAAUGAAUAUAAAACAAAUGGUGAAGGCUUUAGGAUUUGUUUGUUUGUUUGCUUGCUAUGGAAAGCUUGGGAGGACUCACUGGAGAAAAUUCCACGAAUCUAAGAUAUGUCUUAAGAUCUUUAGUUCCAUUUGAAGACAUCAAAAUAUCUGGUGUUAAACCCCAUGAAUGAAUGGAAUAUGAUAUUUAUUUCUCAAACAUUUACUCAAAUACAUAAGCUAAUGUGCCAUGAAGGUAGUCCUAUAGAAACAGGCAUUGGGCUGAAACUGUUGCAGUUUGGAAAGUAAAAAAAAGUAAAAGCUCAUAUUUUAACCACAUUAAAAAUCAUGUGAUAACUCCAAUCGGGAGAAGAAUCUACAAAUUUAUGUGAACACUGAAGCAAAUCAUGCUCAACGUGUCGUAGCAUGAAUGAAAAGCUGUGUAAUUUGUGAAUGUCUAGUGUUUACCAGUGAUUUGAGUUUGAAGAAGAUCCUAGCAGUACCUGAUAGUGCAGAUCUGUACUCUUGGGUACUUUGGUUUUGAAGUAGGAGAUAGUAAGUCCAGACUACUUAGUGAGACCAAUCACAAUAAAAAUUGGAAAAGUGAUAGGUAAGUAGCUCAUGUGUUUAGCACUGGUCUUCCAGUUUGAUUCCCAGUCCCACCAUGAAGAGAAGUGAGAAGGUCCCUAGGUGAUGAAUUUCUGUUUCUUUUGCAAGAAAACAUUGAGAUGAAGGUUUUCUAAGUGUAGACAUGUACUUUUAGCAGCAGACAUAAUUGGUGAUAAAGAUUAUUAGACAAUUUCCUAAUCAUAGUGUAUUCUUAUAGUGUAGCCUACCAUACACUUAAGCUAUAUGGUAUGACUUCAAGACUCUCUAGUCAAUGGAAUGUUACUUUAUUGCAUAUUUUAGGCAUGCUACCAGUAAAUAUGUGUCAAACAAACGAUUUGGCAUAAAAAUAAAUGUUUACCAAUGAAGAGCACUUACUGUGAGUAGAAUAUCUAGGACUAGAUUUUGUUCUGUCAGAGACUUUUAAGUGAAUAUAAAGUCAUAGGACAAAUUAAUCUUCUGUAAACUUUAUCAACACUGUAGACUUAGUUGAUAGUAUAUUAAUGUUUUCUUAAAGAAUAAAUUUGCUUAUAACUUUUUACACUGGGUAUAAUUUUAAAAUUAUACACAUAAUUAUAAAAAAACUUUUGAUUUUUGUAAUAACACUGCUUAAAAUGUAACCAUUUUAUGAUUAUUUAAAACUAUUUCUUUGUAUGGUUAUUGUAUAAUUUUUGCAUUGUGUUUUUUUAAUUGUUUGUGAAAAAAAAAGGUAUCAUUUAGAGCACUGAUGCAGGAGGUUGGUGUUUGUAGCUAUCACUGAUUACAUACUGACACACUGUAUAUAUAGAGAAAAAAAUCUUUGGGUAACAGUACCUAUUAACCUGGAAUAACCAGGUCAUGACAGCCUGUUACCUUUCACCUUCACAUCUGUCAUGGAAAGUUUUCAGGAACAGUAAAAUGUAUAGAACUGAUGACCGUUCUUUCUUCAGCAGUCCUUUGUGAGGGACCUGUUGAAGUUCUUGAGAAAGUCUCACUUUUCUGAAAUUACAUGAUAGUGUCCUUGAAUGGUGUUUUUCACUGUUGAUUUGUUGUAAGCAGGUAAAACACCAUGAACAUUUCUAUGUUAAUGGAAAUUUUUUGGUAUUGAGUUCAAGCUUUCAAAUGUAUGAAGGAUCUAUUGAUGUGUAUACUUGUUUCUGCUGAUCCCUUUACUUAAUUUUUCUGGGCUCUUACUUUCCUUCUACGGUUUCUUUACGAUUGGAGACUUUUGAAAUAGAACUAGCUGCUUUAUCAGCUUGCCAUAAGCCCAGUGGGGCUGGGACAGUGUGUUUUGAUUUGGAUAUGAAAUUGUUCACAAAAAGUCUUGUGGUUGGACACAGAUUUUUAGUCUGUGGCUCAUAAUUUCUUACUAGGUUGCAAUAACUGAGAUUUAAAAAACAACUGGUAACAUUUAAAAGUUUUGAACACAGUGAUUAGAAGUUCAGACUUAUAUGUGCAUUGAUUCUCAUAUGUCUCUGGCAACAUUCACCCAUGUUGCAUCAUGUGAUUUAACUGUACCACCACUUUGUUCUGUUCAUGCAACAUGUGUAUUGCAUGUGAUGUCAUGCCAUACAAUGCCAAGUAACAGCUCCCUGAAGCACCUGAGCUCACACACAAGACCUGCUGAAUGUUGCAAUUUGAAAUGCUUUUACUAAAUACUGAGAGUUUUCUGCUCUUAUGGAAAUACUGAUUUAAUUUUGGAAAACAGACUUUUCUAUUUUCCUAGUGUCAUUCAUCAACAUGUAAGUACCAAAUUAAUCUAUCUUUAUAUUGUAUAGUAUAGUGUGGCUUUAAAAAUUGCUUGAGUUACUGACUUGUAUUUUAUUAAAAAAAAAUCAUUCAGUGAUUAUUGGGUUGCAAUAAAGAAAAAUAUUUUAACAACUUAUGAAAUGGUUCUAACUGUAUUUCUGCCUUUUUCCACUGAUUUACAUGAUGUUCUCCAUAUUUGACAACUAUAAAACCAAAGUAUCAAUUAACUCAGAA